AUGAUACUUGAAAGCGCACUUAACUUAAAGGGGCAGGAGUCAGAGACUGCUUUCUCUUUCAAAACUCCCAAAGGAGAUGCGGAGAAUGACUUCUCAUGCAAGGCAAUAAGCAUAAGGAAGAAAGACAAUUUUGAUGAUUUGUCGAUAUCAACUAGUAACUUCUCCGAGAGGAACCUCCAGUCACCUUUGCCACAGACACCCUAUGCUACUCCAAGAGACAAAGCCGCAACCAAAUUGCAGAAAGUUUACAAAAGUUUCAGAACAAGAAGGCAACUGGCAGACUGCGCAGUUCUUGCAGAGCAGAGAUGGUGGAGGGUGUUGGAUUUUGCUGAGCUAAGGCGGAGUUCCAUAUCAUUUUUUGAUCACAUCGAGAAGCCAGAGACUGCUCUUUCCCGGUGGUCAAGGGCAAGAACUAGAGCUGCCAAAGUUGGAAAGGGGCUAUCAAAGGAUGAGAAGGCUCGUAAACUAGCUUUACAGCACUGGCUAGAAGCAAUUGAUCCUCGGCAUCGUUAUGGCCAUAAUCUUCAAUUUUACUAUGCCAGAUGGCUCCGCUGCGACAGCGAUCAACCUUUCUUUUAUUGGCUUGAUAUUGGACAAGGCAAGGAAAUCAAUCAUGAAAGAUGCCCAAGGUCAAAGCUUCAACAGCAGUGCAUCAAAUAUCUGGGUCCGGUGGAAAGAAAAGCUUAUGAAGUAGCAAUAGAGAAUGGGCGACUCUUCCACAAGCAGAAUGGGAAACUUGUUGAAACUAGAGGAGAUGCUAAGUGGAUUUUUGUGCUCAGCACAUCCAAAACUCUAUAUAUUGGACAGAAGAUUAAGGGCAAAUUUCAACAUUCAAGCUUCCUGGCAGGGGGAGCCACGUUGUCUGCUGGAAGAUUGGUGGUGGAAGGUGGUGUCAUUAAGGCUGUUUGGGCUCACAGCGGUCAUUAUCUUCCGACACAGGAAAAUUUUCAGGCAUUCUUGUCAUUCCUCAUAGAACACGGCGUGGAUCUUACAGAUAUAGAGGAAAACCCUGGAGAAGAUGAUGAAGAAAUGGCCCAAGAGGAAAAGGAUCUCAUCUCCCGAGGCAAUUCUUCGCUGGCAGAGUUACCUCAAGACGGUGGUGAUCCGGGAAGUUCUGGCACAUCAGCUAAGAUGACAUCUGACUUGAGAAAUGAGGAUUCUAAUAACAAGUCUAAUUCUUAUCCGCGCUCUUCAAGAUUGUCUGGAGGACUGAGGUCAAAAUUAUCCGCACUCGAAAUACCAAGACGAGACAAUGUGUCAGACAUUUUUGGGAGGCAAUCAUAUCCGUUAAGUGUUUAUUUUUUGGCUCCAGAUUCGUUAUCAGAUGGUUAUGAGACAGCAGAAGACGAGACAGCAGGAGAAUCAUAUAUUGAUGAGUCAGAAUUCAUGGUUUCCAAAUCGAACUUGUUUGUUGAACAUCAAGGGAAAGGUGAUCAUGAUACUAUUCCGAGAGAAAAAAUAAUGAAGAGGAUAGAUUCCCACAAGUCCAUGAAGUCGUAUCAGUUGGCCCAUCAAUUAUCUACCAAAUGGACAACAGGUGCUGGCCCAAGGAUUGGGUGCAUGAGAGACUACCCAUCAGAACUACAGUUUCGGAUUCUGGAACACCAAAACUUAUCCCCAAGGACUAGAUCUAUUUCUCCAUCUCCCAGGGUCCUUUCAAGCUCUCGUUUCUCCCAAAAACCAUAGUUUAUUCACUCUACCCGAUCAUUUUCCUCUGAUUGAAAGUCAAACUGAGUGGUCCUGUGCUUCUGUUGAAAUCCAGAAAACCAAACUGACGUUAUCCCUCACUCCACAAUGCUUCUGAUGGCCGUUCUCUUGCCCACGAGGUUUUUGUGGGUCGUGUAGUGUUUACAAGAACCAGAAGAAUGUUGCAAGCUCUGGUUCCAAUUGGAAACAAGGCAUCGUGGAAAUCAAUGAACUAGCAAGAUAGUUGUGCAUGUUAGCCAUUCCGAAUAUGCGAUGUGUCGGCUGUAGCGACAAGUGAUGUCCUCUUUAGAUGAUCGAUUAGUCUCUGAAGGUGUUCAGUAUACCAGGUUAAGGAACGCGCGUAUUUUGACCAUUUGUCAAGGAUGAAUUACUGAUAUGUCCAACCGGUAUAUUUGGGCAUGCAUCAGCGUAAAAUCCAAGCUCAGGGUAGAAUUCCCAUGGUACUACGUCUUAUAACAAGAUGUUUGCCAUACAUUAUAUCUACCAAGAAAAAGGG